CCUCUCACUGUAUUGUAAUUCAUUUUUUAAUUAUAAUAACAAAUAAAAUUAGAAAAAUUUCAAUCUGAUUCGAAAAAACAAUUGAAAUACGAUCCGGUAGAAGCUCUACUAUCCAUCAUUACGUAAUUGUUAAACGUUUCCUUAUUUUCAUUGCAGCUCGGAGAGUAAAUGAAAAUGCGGAAUAUACCACACAUGUAGAACAAAGGCGUAAUGUGUCGGAUCAGAAUAGUGGAAAACAGGGAAAUAAUAGCUCUUCACGUUGGCAUGGCGAAAGUUCGUCAUCUGUAGCUUCUAACGUCAAUAAUUGUUUUAACGAAGAAAACUACGAAUAUAAAUUUGACUUCGGUGAUUCACUGUUAGUGAUAAAACAAGGUCAUAUUUCACAAGAGAAAGUAGAUGCGAUCAUUAUUAAUGUUGAUAACACCCAUUCAAUAGAACCUGUUCAAAUGAUUUGUGACUUAGCCGGUCCCAGAUAUAAGCAAGCCUGUGCAUCUCUAAAUCCAAAUGACGAACUUUACAUUAUGCGUGGUGGUGAGUUACAUGCCAGAUAUAUUAUUCAUUUACCAUUACCUUAUUGUACUCCAUCUAAAAAAAGUGACAGAACAGAAAAACAGCCUAAAUUCACUAUAAGAAAUCGUAGAGACUGUGGCGACACAUGA